UUGAUCCUUGGGGAUCCCACCUCUGUCUUCCUCGCAGCUCGAUCCAUCCGGUGGUUCUCGACCAUCCUUUAGACCUUCCCCAGUGUUUAGUGUCACGGUUCAGAAAAGUGGGAGAAGACAUGUUGGUACCAUCAAGAGGGAGCCUCAUGGCUCUGCUGUGGGCAAGCGCCGCCAUUGCGACACCACUAAUUGCAGAGCCCAUACUCAGUCGCGACCUCGAGGCGCGGCAAGCAAACACAAAAUGUCCUGAUAGCUACAGGUCGAAGAACGGCCUCAACUUCACCACAUAUUGCGAGCAGAACAACCCACAAAAUGAUGCACUACCGCGCUUCAACUCACCCUCUAUGGUAGACUGUAUGGAGCACUGCUCCCGCUACUGGGGCAACGGCGAGGGCUGCUUCGGCGUCGUAUGGGUUGAAGCCAGCAACGAUUGCUGGCUUCGCAAUAGCACAACAUCCAAGGCCGGCUUGGUCCCCCUGGCAGGCAAUUACGCCGCCUUGAUCAAGGACGGUGAAAUGAACCCCGUCGACAAAUCCUGCCCGAACAACGAUCUCUCUAUCAACAAAAUGCCUGGCGUCGAGGGGAUCCAAUACACCACACAUUGCGGCAAAGCUAUUGGCGGAUAUGACGAAUGCUUUUCGGGGUAUCCAAAGCCCUGCUGGGAGAGUCCAUAUAUUGGCUUUUACCAUACGAAAACGCUGAUGGAAUGUUUGAAAAUAUGUGUCGACCAGCAUCCACUCUGCCGCGCCGUAUCAUGGAGCCCAGAGAUGAAAAUCGGCUUCGCCAACUGCUGGCCCAAGACUGGUUUUCCGGAGACGCUCACCGAUCCUACCCCGAAGAUGGGAACCAUCCACUCGGCGACGAUUACGCAAAUUGACCCCGUCGAUCGUCAAUGUCCGUCUGCGAAGACCUAUACCGCACAGGGAAAGAAGGACUUUGAACUUCACUGUGGACAGCUGAAUGUGGGCACGAAUAUCACCUCUCUACACACGCAGAAUGUAACCGCGUGCAUCGACGCCUGCGCAACCAACGACCAGAAGUGCGUCGGCGUACUCUUCGAUUCGAGCCUACAGGGCGGAUACAAGAACUGCUACCUGCAAAACACCACAUCCGUAAUUUCCGACCAAGCAAGCGCAACCUACGCCAUCCUCGCAGGCUCAAACAUACCUUCCUCCACUAGUUCCUCCUCCCCAGGCUCCAGCAGUGGUUCCAGCAGCGGCUCCAGUAGUGGCUCCAGCUCCGGCAGCUCCAAGGCCUGGAUAGCCGGCCCCGUCGUCGGCGUCCUCGCGGGUCUAGCAAUCAUCGGCGGCGCAAUCUUCUUAUGGCGCCGCCGGAAAGCAAAUGCUGCUCCUGUUGGCGUCGAAAAGGGCCCAAGUGAUACCCACCACGGAGGCUAUGGGCCAGCGCCGGCGUAUAGUCCAGGCGGUGACGAACCGCGACAGUAUUACGAUGCGCCUCCGACUGAAAUAAUGGAUACUAGGGCCACGUCUGAACUGCCUGCGAGUACAAAGUAUGCCCAUGCAGAUGGAAGGGGAACUAAGGUGACGCCGCACGAGUUACCUUGAGGAGAAAGAGGAGGUGGUGUAUGUAAUGUUGUCUAUUUGACUUUGGUUGAAAAUAGCAUUGGCCGGUUGUAGAAAAGAAAGCAGGUGGUCUGGUCGAGGUCGGACACUGCAUGAUGCGCAAAUGUUCGAUUUCACUUCAUGAUAAUAUGGUAUUUUUGACCAGUUGGUUUCCUAGUUGAUUUAGCAUGCAUGUCCUUAAGAUACCGUAGUUUCACGUUUGUAGCGAUUUUUUUGAUACUCAUUGUGCAUAACUGUACUCAAACCUAUUCCAAUGUGCUGUUGCUCCUAUGUGAUAUGUGUAAAAGAAACAUACACUCAUGAUCUCUAAAACAAGUGUCGUAGAAACAAAGUAAUCUUCAA